AUGGAGGUUGCGAUGGUGAGCGCGGAGAGCUCAGGGUGCAACAGUCACAUGCCUUAUGGGUACGCGGCCCAGGCCCGGGCCCGGGAGCGGGAACGGCUGGCCCACUCCAGGGCAGCGGCAGCCGCCGCGGUGGCCGCGGCCACGGCCGCCGUGGAAGGCAGCGGGGGUUCCGGAGGGGGCUCCCACCACCACCACCACCAACACCACCAACACCACCACCAGUCCCGGGGGGCCUGCAGCACCUCCCACGACCCCCCGAGCGGCCCACGCAGUCGCAGGAGGCGGCGCCCGCAGCCGGAGAAGAGGAAGGGCCACCACCGGCCCAGCAGCUUCCCGCACUGCGCCGACCUCAUGCCCAGCGGCUCGGAGGAGAAGAUCCUGCGGGAGCUGAGCGAGGAGGAGGAGGAGGACGAGGAGGAAGAGGAGGAGGAGGAGGAAGAGGAGGAAGAGGAGGGGAGGUUUUAUUACAGCGACGGUGACCACGGGGACGAAGGCUCCUACACGGACCUGCUGCCCCAGGAGGACGGGGGCGGCGGCGGGGGGUACAGCGCCGUGCGCUACAGCGACUGCUGCGAGCGGGUGGUCAUCAACGUGUCCGGCCUGCGCUUCGAGACCCAGAUGAAGACGCUGGCCCAGUUCCCCGAGACCCUGCUGGGGGACCCCGAGAAGAGGACCCAGUACUUCGACCCCCUGCGCAACGAGUACUUCUUCGACAGGAACCGGCCGAGCUUCGACGCCAUCCUGUACUAUUACCAAUCCGGGGGCCGGCUCAAGAGGCCCGUCAACGUGCCCUUCGACAUCUUCACCGAGGAGGUCAAGUUCUACCAGCUCGGCGAGGAGGCCCUGCUCAAGUUCCGGGAGGACGAGGGCUUCGUGAGGGAGGAGGAGGACCGCGCCCUGCCGGAGAACGAGUUCAAAAAGCAGAUCUGGCUCCUCUUCGAGUACCCCGAGAGCUCCAGCCCGGCCAGGGGCAUCGCCAUCGUCUCCGUCCUGGUCAUCCUGAUCUCCAUCGUCAUCUUCUGCCUGGAGACCCUGCCCGAGUUCCGGGACGACAGGGACCUCCUCCUGGCGCUGAGCGCGGGCGUGCACGGCGCGGGGCUGGGGAACGACACCUCGUCCCCCCACCCCGAGGGCUCGGGGCACACGGUGUUCAACGACCCCUUCUUCAUCGUGGAGACGGUCUGCAUCGUCUGGUUCUCUUUUGAGUUUGUGGUCCGCUGCUUCGCCUGCCCCAGUCAGGCGCUCUUCUUCAAGAACAUCAUGAACAUCAUUGACAUCGUGUCCAUCUUGCCUUACUUCAUCACCCUGGGCACGGACCUGGCCCAGCAGCAGGGCGGCGGGGGCAACGGGCAGCAGCAGCAGGCCAUGUCCUUUGCCAUCCUCAGGAUCAUCCGCCUGGUCCGCGUGUUCCGGAUCUUCAAGCUCUCCAGACACUCCAAGGGUCUGCAGAUCCUGGGCCACACGCUCCGGGCCAGCAUGCGGGAGCUGGGCCUUCUCAUCUUCUUCCUCUUCAUCGGGGUCAUCCUGUUUUCCAGCGCCGUGUACUUUGCCGAGGCCGACGAGCCCACCACCCACUUCCAGAGCAUCCCAGAUGCGUUCUGGUGGGCUGUGGUGACCAUGACGACCGUGGGCUAUGGGGACAUGAAGCCCAUCACCGUGGGGGGCAAGAUCGUGGGGUCCCUGUGUGCCAUCGCGGGUGUCUUAACCAUUGCUUUACCAGUGCCAGUGAUUGUCUCUAACUUUAACUAUUUCUACCACAGAGAGACCGAAAACGAGGAACAGACGCAGCUGACGCAGAAUGCAGUCAGCUGCCCGUACAUCCCUUCCAAUCUGCUGAAGAAAUUUCGGAGCUCUACUUCUUCCUCUCUGGGAGACAAGUCAGAGUAUCUAGAGAUGGAAGAAGGGGUUAAGGAAUCUCUCUGUGCCAAGGAGAAGUGUCAGGGAAAGGGGGAGGACAGUGAGACAGAUAAAAACAACUGCUCUAAUGUGAAGGCUGUGGAGACUGAUGUGUGA